CCCCCAGAUUUGCAUAAGAUGCUGCCAUCCAGUGCUGGAGAGGACCGAGCCUUGCUCCUAGGGUUUGCAAUGAUAGGUUUCUCAGUCAUGAUGUUCUUCUUGCUUGGAACAACCAUCCUAAAGCCUUUCAUGCUCAGCCCUCAGAGAGAAGAAUUGAACUGCACCAUCAUCCAUACACACAUCAUGGACGACUGGUUGGACUAUGCUUUCACCUGUGGUGUGGACUGCAGUGGCCAGGGGAAGUAUCCGUGUCUUCAGGUGUUUGUGAACCUCACCCAUUCGGGUCAGAAAGCUCACCUGCAUUAUAAUGAAGAGGCUGUCCAGAUAAAUUCCAAGUGCUUUUUCACACCUAAGUGCCACCAAGAUAGAAAUGAUUUGUUCAACAGUGCCCUGAACAUAAAGGAAUUCUUCGAUCACAAAAAUGGGACCCCCUUUUCAUGCUUCUACAGUCCAGCCAGCCAGUCUGAAGAUGUCAUUCUCAUCAAAAAGUAUGACCAAAUGGUUAUCUUCCACUGUUUGUUUUGGCCUUCAUUGACUCUGCUAGGUGGUGCCCUGAUUUUUGGCAUGGUGAGGUUAACACAGCACCUGUCCCUAUUGUGUGAAAAAUAUAGCACUGCAGUGAGAGAUGAGGUAGGUGGUAAAGUACCCUAUAUAGAACAGCAUGGAUUCAAACUGUGGAAUAUGGGGAGGAGCAAACGAAGAGGCAGAGAAAUCUUAAGAUGGUGACCAAAUUAAAGUCCUGUCCUUCAGAUACCAUUCCUGCAACUGAGGUCCUAACUAUGCCUGCUUGCAAACUAACCAUGUAGAGAAGGCAAUUUAAUUUUCAUAUGGGAAAGAAAAUUUUUAAAAAGCCUCAUUAUGUAUUGUUUACCCUAUAAAUAUGUACAGAUUCAUCUUUUUACUCUAAAUCUCUUUCCACAUGAUCCAAGGAAGCAUUUUUUUUUUUCCACAUGGAAAAAUGAGGCCAAGGUAGUUGUGCUUCAGCUAAUUUCAGCUAUCAGUAAAAGCUGUCAAUGUGGAAGUAAAUGAUGAUAACAUCUUACUUAUUGUGUCCCGAACCAUCAGCCUUGCUCUGUGCAAAAUAGUUCACAUCAAAACUUUUCAUAAAAAAAAGAACAGGUCAUUCA